AUGAUGAUGAUGAAGAUGUAUUUCCAUUUUCGCGUCGAGGAAGUGAUUCUGUUUCAGGAUUGGGCCACGAAAUCAGUGACAGGCUAUAUCUUCACUUGUUUCGCUGUUCUUGCAAUGGCCGCUUUCUUUGAGUUCGCUAAGUUUGGUCGAUUGACGCUUGGGAAAGAAGUUGAUGAAGAUUGUUCUUGUACAACGUCACUUUUGGGAUGUCCUUGUGAUGGAGCGUCAUCAAGAGGAUCACAACGAUCGAACACUCCAUUCAUUGGGAAUCACGUUAACUACUUGAAAAUCUUUAUGGACGGUCGACAUGUGCUCAACUCGGUGACGUUAAUCUUUCAAACGUUUCUCGGCUAUUGUCUUAUGUUGGUCACGAUGACGUAUAAUGUGCCACUAGUUUGCGCAGUAAUUAUGGGCCACGUUUUCGCCUAUUUUCUCAUCGGCCCUCUCGUGUCGACGAAGGAUCAAGAAAGAACUGGCGACUGUUGUAAU